GGUUAAAAACAAUGGUGUCUCAAGGAGUAAAAAACCCUCUGAUAGAUUUAACAGCUUUGGAAGAUAAAACAUUAGAUGAAGGCUAUGGUGUUGCUUCUGUGGCCUCUACAUCAAAUGCCUCAAAAUCUGCUCGAGAAAGUAGCAAUGCUGCCAUUAUAAAACGCUUUAAUCAUCAUAGUGCCAUGGUCCUUGCAGCUGGCCUCAGGAAACAAGAAGCACAAAAUGACCAUUACAGUGAGACCAGCAGUACGGAUGGAAACUCCAGGGAUUCAGAUUUCUUUCAGCCACCAAUGAAAAAGGUGAAACUGCAGGAGUCCAUUGAAUAUGAAGAUUUAGCAAAGAAUAAUAGCAUUAAAACUAUUGCACUAAACUUGAAGAAGUCUGAUAGGUAUUAUCAUGGUCCAACUCCAAUUCAAUCACAGCAAUAUGCAACCAGUCAGGAUAUAAUUAAUUCUUUUCAUAGUAUUAGGCAAGAAAUGGAAGCUUAUGUACCCAAACUAACUCAGGUUCUUUCAAGUGGUGAUGCUACUAGCACUAUAGCAGUCCUGUCACCUGGAGGAGCACUUAUGCAGGGUGGAACACAGCAAGCCAUAAACCAGAUGGUGCCAAAUGACGUUCAGUGUGAACUAAAACACUUGUACGUGGCAGUAGGGGAACUGCUACGACACUUCUGGUCCUGCUUUCCUGUUAACACACCAUUCCUAGAAGAAAAGGUUGUGAAAAUGAGGAGCAACUUGGAAAGAUUUCAGGUUACAAAGCUCUGCCCAUUCCAAGAAAAGAUUCGGAGACAGUAUUUAAGCACAAAUUUGGUAAGUCACAUAGAAGAGAUGCUGCAGACGGCCUACAAUAAGUUCCACACAUGGCAGUCCCGGCGUAUGCUGAAGAAGACGUGAAAAUGCAUGCUGUACAGGUUUGAGAGCAACAUCUGCAAUAGGUAUAGGAGUACAACCUAGCAUAUGUGCAGAUCUUAUAGUUGUUGCAGGAAGACCUGCAAGCUGUGGACUUCUGGAAACGAUGUUAACUGAACUUGCACAUUUUUGAAAAAGAACUGAGAUUAAACUUGAAAACUAGGGAGAAAAAACAAGGAAGAACCAAAACAGAAGAGCUGAGGCGCAAAAAUAUUUAAAAGACACUGUUUACUGCAGUUACUCAGGAACUGCUUUUGAUUUGCAUAAAGAGCUGCUUUCAGAAAUAAAAAAAAAUCUAAAGAGGGUGUAUUAAUAAAAA